AUGGUGAUCGUGCGCGAAGCGACGACCACGCCUUCGAUCGUAUCGUCUUCGACCGACGUCGCGGAUGACGUCCGGACGAUCGCCGCCGCGCACGUCGCGUCUUGCGACCGCCCACAUCGCGUGCUGGCAAACGUCGGUUCGUCUUCGUGGCGAGAAGUUCGACGAGCGACGCGGCGCAUUCGCGACGCGGCGCACGCCGAGGCGGUGUCGAACGCGAUUGGGCGCGAUGAACACUUCGUUUUGUCGACCAUCUCGGGCUCAGACGUCCUCAGCGAAGCGCUGACGAUGGAGCUCUUGCGAGCGGAGGCGUGGCGCGCGGACGUGCUCCCGCGCGCCAUGCGCAGAGCUCCAGAGACAUUCGCAACGAAUCCGGUCUUGGUGUACGCGGUGUACCUAGCACUUCACCAGGAGUGCGUCAUGUGUAAUAUUUUGAGCUCGUUGUGCACGAGUCGAGGGAAUGGGCGAAGAUUGUGCGAUUACUGUCAACGAGCAUUGGCCCGACUCGCAGGCGACACGCCGGCGUUGCUCGACGCAGAUACCGAUUCCUUGGAGUUCCGGAUUCGUGAGAUCGAGUUCGUACUCUCGAUGUCCGCUCUGGGCGUGUUGAGAGGGAUAACAGAAGCGAUGGAUGACUUGGCACUGAGCGUGCGUUCACGUUUGUUGGACUCAAGAGAUGUCUCCAGCGCGCUCGUUACAAUCCUUGAUACCAGACCGUGGACGCGACGCCGACGCGACGGCGUUCUACAGCUGUACGUCGACGGCGUGUGGCGCGAAGUCUCCAAGUCCGAGGAGUGGGACGUCGCGUGUCGUGUCUCAAAGUGCGAGGCACAGGCGUGGUUGGCGCUCCGGGCGUUGAUGUGUGACGCUCAAUUUUCGUGGGAUGACAGGCGCGUGGCUGCAGCGACGAAGCUCCGACGACGGCUGAACGAGUCGACAAUCGACCAGAUUCCCGUACUGAUGGAAUUAGCGUCGAUAAUCGAUCGAGCGGCGGGUUUGGACGCGCCACCGCCGGCGAACGCGCGUGGGUUCGUCCUGGAAGUCAUCCCGAGCCUGCGUGCUCGAGUCAUAGCCGGCGGUUCAGAGCUCUUCGAAGACGCUGCGAAGAAAAUGCUGGAGGAGCAUUUCAACCCGAACGAUAGUGAUUUUGCGACAAGGGUGGCCGAAGAAGCGAUCGACAUCGCGAGUGGAGUCUCGAACGAGGAAGCUCCGAUCGAGGACAUCACAGCUCACACGCGCUCUGUCGUGCGAAUAGACGUCCUGCGAGAGCGCCGAAGUCUGAGCUCGUCUGAAGUAUCCUUCGAUGCCAUCCUCGCCAUCGAGUGCUAUUUCACCGACGACGAACCGAGUGAGGUUCAUACGAAGACGUCUAAAACCCGUGCUCUCCGGCGCAGACUCCGCUUCGACGAUGAUGCUCGCAACACGUCGCUCUCGCCGUUCGACGGAAAGAUUCGAGUCGCCAUGGACGCGCGAACGGUCGCGGCGCCGGUUCGUCUCCGGGCCGGGCCUGAUCCGCGCGCCUGGAUCACCGUCGGCUCGGUUCAAAUCGAUGGUUUCGCGCUUCAACUUCGUCUCGACGCCGAUCGCGAUCGAUCGUCCGCGGCUUACAGAGUCGCCGACGCGUACAUAUCCAUAGCCGCCCCGCGAUGA